AAACUAGCUAGUGCUUGUUGAUACUUCAAAAGUCUAGCUAGUUUUCAGUUCACAUCCCAAAAUGGCUUCAAGUGCUUUGAGAACUAUGGCCUUUCUCCUCGCUCUCAACCUCCUCUUCUUCACUUUGGUAAGUUCACAGACAUUGCCUGCAGAAGCAACUUGUCCUACAACCGGUCUGAAGUUUGGUGUGUGUGCCGGCUUCCUCAGUAACUUGCUGGGUGGCAUCGUUGUAGGAACUCCACCAUCGAUACCUUGCUGCAACCUCAUCUUUGGUCUUGUUGAUCUCGAGGCAGCAGCAUGCCUAUGCAAGGCCAUUAAAGCUAAUCUCUUGGGUACUAACCUCGAUGCAUCGGCCUCGUUUAACUUGGUGUAUAACAAUUGUGGAAAAGAGGUCCCUUCAGGUUUCCAAUGUGCAUGAAAAAAUAACUUCAGUUUCUACAAGUGUGUUUUCUGUUCUUCAUUCUCGUCAUCUCUUCUUUGAUUCUGGUGUCUUUGGGAUUAAUUUGGAGUGCUAUGCUUUGUUUUUUCCUUUUAUGUUUUUAUUUCAAGUGAGAGGUUCGCCACCUUCCCUUUUUCCAUUGUAAGCUUGGUCCUUGGAUCCUAUCACAUAUAAUUAAUGUGAUUAGGAUUGUUUGAUUCUAAUUCAAGAAUAAAGAUGCAUGUUGAGUUCUCGAGA